CAACAAAAAAAAUAAUGUUUCUAAUUCUUUGCAACAGUUACCUCGUUCGCUUCGCAUCUUGAGGGGAACAAUGAAAGGGGAUACAGCAGAAGCGCUGGGACAAGUAGCAGCUGCUCUCCUGCAGUUAGAAGCAGCAUUCGAGAACUGCAGCAAGGGGAAGCGCUUUUUCGGCGGAGACAAUGUUGGAUACUUAGACAUCAUUUUGGGCUCAUUUAUUGGGUGGAUUCAAGCAUCUGAAAAGAUUUUAAACAUCAAACUACUCGACGAGGCGAAGGUGCCGCUGCUCGUCGCCUGGGCCGAUCGGUUCUGCGCGCACGAUGCGGUGAAAGAAGUGAUGCCCGAAGUCGAUAAGCUGAUCGAGUUUGGGAAGCUGCUUCAAGCGUUGUUAAAUGCUAACCAGCGCUCAGUUAAUUAGCGCGUAAAUUUUGUUUCCUUUGUUUCAUGAUAUUAAAUUGAAAAUGCUGUGUAUCUCGACUCUGUACAAUUACGCUAG